CCUCGCUCACCUUUGUAUUGUUGUCUUGGUACAACUCAACCACAAUCAUACUCACGUUCUCCUUCCUUCAACAAUCUGUCCUGUCAAAAUGGCGACCCCCGGCCUGCUUUACGUGACGAUGCAGCCGCGUCCGUCCCUCCCGGACGCCCAAUUCCACGACUGGUACAACACCGAACAUGGCCCUCUGCGCCUCCGUCUGCCGUUCUGCACCAAUGGCUUUCGGUAUCGCGCCACGGAUGGGAAGGAGCCCGAGUGGGUGGCCCUGUAUGAUAUCACCGACAUGGCCGAGUUGACCCGCGAGACCUACCUAGCCCUUCGGGGCGACGGAAUCAAGACCCCGCGCGAAAAGGCCACCAUGGCUCAAAUUGCUGUCGAUCGCCGCCUGUAUGACUUUCUCGGCGAACAAAAGGCCUCCGACUACACCCCCCUCGAGAACAUCCCCGACUCUGAGGCCGCCGGCUCCGUCCUGAUUGCUGUCUCCAUCACCCUCUCCGCCGACGCCGCCCAGGAGGAGGACUUCAACCGGUGGUACACCGAAGAACAUCUCCCCAUGCUGUCCCGCGUACCGGGUUGGCGUUCCUCCCGCCGCUUCGUCACGGCCGCCAUCGACCCCCAGGCCCCUCGCGAGUACCUGGCGUUGUACGAAUACCGCGCCCAGAACGGAUUGGGAGGUCCCGAGCACAAAGCCGCCAUGGACACCCCGUGGCGCAACCGCAUCGUGAAGGACGUGGUGGCGCAGCAUCAGCGCCGCGUCUACCAGUGGGCUUACACCUUUGGCCCCGCGCCUCGCGAGCUCUCCUCCCUCGCAUCCAACGACGUCGCCGGGCCCUGGGCAUCGAUUGACGGUCGUACCCGGACGUUCCCCUCCCCCACCCGCCCGGCUGUCGAGUCCUUUGUCACCACUCCCGACGGCGUGGACCUCCCUUACCGACUGGAAGGAAGCACCGACCCCCACAGUCCCGUUAUUGUGCUUAGCAACUCCAUUCUGGUGGACUACACCAUCUGGGAUGAUUUCGUGGACCAAUUCCUCUCCGACCCGAGGAACCAGAACUUCCGCAUUCUUCGCUACUCCAAGCGCGGCCGGCUGCAGAAAUGUGGCAACACACCCAUCACCAUUGACGUGCUCGCGUCCGAUAUCAUCGCGCUUUUGGAUGCCCUGAGGAUCCCCAAGGCGACAUUGAUCGGGGUCAGUUUGGGUGGAGUGACCGUGCUGAAUACCUCACUCCUAUAUCCCGACCGCGUCACGCGGUUCAUCUCCUGUGAUACCAACAGUUCCAGCCCGGAGUCGAACCGGAAGGCCUGGAACGACCGGGCCGAGAUGGCCGACAACGAAGGCGCUGUGUCGUCCACAACUCAAGAGACUAUCGUCGGUGAGCAGCUGGCCGAGGUGACUGUGCGUCGGUGGUUCGUGCCCGAGUCGUACGAGACGCAACCCCAUCUGCCGGCCAAGGCGAAGGAACUCGUGCGGACCAACAGCCGUGAGGGAUUCCGUAAGAGCAUGCAGGCGCUCUGUGCCUACGACGUGCGGGAGCGGAUGGCCCAAGCAACAGUACCGGGGCUCUUCAUCGCGGGAGAGAGCGAUGGCGUGCUGCCCAAGACGAUGCAGCAGAUGGCUGCGGAUCUUAAGGGUGAUGCCGAACUGAAGCUUAUUCCCAAAGCAGGCCACCUGCCUAUGCUUGAGAAUGCCACCGCAUUCACAGAGGUUGUGAACCAGUUCCUUCACCAAUAGGUGGACGAUUUCCAUUAAAACAAUGUCACUUUUAUCAUAGAAUUUCCCUAUCUACUACUAUCUACUUGCACAUACAAAUAAGCACAUAUAACCAGC